UUUAUGUAUUUUUCUUGCUGUUUUUAAGUUUUGAUUGCAAUUUCUGAGUUUAUUAUGCCGAUAACUCCUUGAACUGAUGAAAAACUCCAUCUCCGUUCUUUCAUUUUUGAUUUCGAAUUAUGAGUGUUUGUUUAUUUUGUUUGGAAUUACUCUCAUUUUAUUCAACCGAACUUAUCGACGAUGUGAAUUUUGGUUUGAUCUAACCUUUUCUUGGAAGAAGCGGUUGUGUGAUUUUUCUUUUGAAACUACUCAAUAUUUGUUGAGGUAUUUGUUUUUUAUGCAUUCAUGGUGAUUUAUCAGGCAAGACCAAAGUAAAAGAUCUCAGAUCUAGAGUCUUAAUGAGUAAACUUACGUGCUAUUCAUUCAAGAUCAUAAUUGCGUGAUGUUUGAUCAUCCGAUCGAAGAAGUCAAAUCUUUUCAAUAUCAUAAUUGUUGUUUGAUGUUUGAGGUCCUAGUUCACAAUAAUGAAGAAAUUCAGGUGUAGUAUGUUUAAGAUCUGAAUUCAUAAUGGUGUAGUAUGUUAGAUCUUUGAAUAUUUGAAAUCGGCUCAGAUUACUUGUUCAUAGAAUAGGCUGGAAUGUGAUUCCGCAUAUGAAUCAAUCAGAUAUGGUUUUUUUUUUGUUGCAAAGAUCGCCUCAGAUUCUUGAAAAUGAUUUUCUUUGAUUUUGAUUUUUAGGAUUGUGACCUUUUUUUCACUAUACACACAUCGAUUUUUCAAUUAUGGUGUUCUUCUUCAUUUCUCUUCCUGCUUUAAAUUUAUGGUGUGUCCUCUUCUGGAGUUAUGUUGAAAUCUUGAUUGUUUAGGGUUAAUGUUAAUCUGAAGAAUAUGGUCGAUGAACCACACAUGCUUACAGCAUAAGGAUCUCAGAGUUCUUUGAAGGUGUUAUGUGCUUAUGUGGUACAGCUACCUGCUAUAUAGCUAGGAAAAGGCUGUAGAAAGGUUAGAAAUUUGGGAGUCUUUGGUGCUGUAUUCUACCAGAUGAUAUUAAUACUAUGAGACAACUGAUAAGUGAACACAAUAACGCCUAUAUUCUACUAAGGACCUGUUUGUUUGUUUUUUCUGCUUAAUGGCUAAUUUGCUUGGCCAUUAAGUGGUAUUGGUUUUUGGCUUAAUUUCUAAGCAAGGACUGAAUUAGAUAGGCAUUAUGUAUCUGCAUUCUAUGUUCAGUAAUCUUAUUCCAUACAGACAGGUUUCAAUAGAAAAAAGAAACAUCCCCUAACUCUCUCGAAUUUUGAUUCAUGUGUGCAGAAACUUCUAUCUCCUUUCUUCACUGAUUAGCCCGGUUUCCUGGUUUGAAUAUCUCUUCUCCUAAUUCCUUUUUUCGCUUUCUUUAUUUAAUUUGUUCAUAGACUUGUCUUUUUUUUUUUAAUUUCAUUAUUGUUUUACACAACGUCGAAUUAUUGUUCUGCACCAAGUCUGUUUUUGUUAUCUAGAGGUCUAAUUACUUAAAUGUUUUAUGAAGAUGAUUCUGCUGUUACCGGGUACAUUUACCUUUUGAUUUUUGCACACUCUAUAUCUCGAAGCAAAGCUGUUUUUAGAUGCUUACAGAACAACUUGUCAUAUGUUUCGGUUGUAUUUUCUUUCUUGACCUAUUCAGCAGACAUCAGAGAUGGCUACAACAUCGGUUGAUCUUCAAAUCAUCCCAUUACAUAACUGCACCAAAUGUAUAAGAAAGGUCGAAAAGACACUUUGUCGGUUUGAUGGUGUCAAAUUGUUAGAUGUGGACUCUGAAAAUGGGAAAUUCACCAUCGAAACUACUAGACACCCUGAAGAAAUCAGGGAUGCUCUUCAACGCAAGUUUGCUGGGAAAUCCGUUUUUCUGUCCAGAAGGAUCAACCAUUCGAAUCCAUCCUCUGUUUUGAUGAACCCACGUAACUCGUCCAUUCAAGGUCCCCYCAAUUUUCAUGAUAUGGCAGAAGCAUUGGUGACGGUAUCUCGUACCAAUGGAUUGCAGACUGUGGAGUAUACGCAAUCGAGUACCAUCAAGAUCAGCUUUGACAACCAACCAAGUGAACCAACCACCUCUGGAUCAGCUGCAAAUGUCCCUCCCCCACCACCACCACCACGACAAUACCAACCGACUACCUCUGGAUCAGCAUGGGCAGAUGAGAAUGUUUAUGGUGGUGCUUGCAAUGAAGAUUUUGGUUAUGGAUAUGCUCCUCCACCACCGCCACGGACCAGCACCAGGGCAUCAGCUCCAUUGAUGCCCACGGCUCAAGCUCAAGGCUAUGUUUAUGGGUAUCCCGUAUCCUACUGAGCUCUACAGGGACGAUGUCUCACGUGGCUGUUGCACCAUCCUUUGAUAUUUAUGAAUUUUCAUGUUGUUUCAUCUAUUACAGAGUGAGAGUGUGUGAGCUAUUUACUAUUUGGAGUGAGGUUGGUUUGUUAAUCAAAAUCAAUUCUACUUCUAAAAACUUGUUUUGAUCCCUUUGAUUAAUUAAACCUCCAAGAUUUAUGUGUAAAGAUGGUUACAACAUUAUA